AGGAGGAAAUGAAAAUCGAAUCCAGAAUCUCUUGAUUUCAUGUAAGAAUAUGCGAGAUCAUACCGGGUCUUAUUUUUUCUUGACCGGUGAAUUUGAUUCUAGAAGUCAACUAGAAGUACAAGGAUUUUGUUUCAUUAAAUUCUGCAAAACCUCUCUCCAAAUUUUACUUUCAUGGCAUUGAUGAUGCCCCCGCAGCCAAUUUCUCUCCCCUUCACAUUCAUUCUUCUCUUCCUCUUCCAUAGCAGAGUCCUCCCCAUCUCUUCCCAAUCUCAAAACAUUGAAACUUUCUAUCCCUCUCCUCCCCCUCCGGCUGCCCCUCGGCCGAGCACCCCGUGGUUGGUGCCUCCGCCGCCUCACCAACCGCCCCCUCUACUGCCUUUUCUAUCGCCGCCACCAUCUCCCAGCACGACCAUCGUCAAGGCUGUGGCUGCCACAGCUGCCGGCUCAGUGGCCUUGGCAGGGCUUUUCUACUUCCUGCUGCAGCUUUGCUUGGUGACACGGCGGAAGAAGAAGGUCCAGGGCGAAUCGCAGCUACCCCGGCUCUCUUCUAUGCAUCGGAAUGAUAUCGUGCGGUUCGAUGGGGUGGUUAGGGGGCUGAUAGUGGAUGAGGAUGGACUUGAUGUUCUCUACUGGAGGAUGCUGAAGGCUCGGGAAGAAAAGUCUUUCAAAAGCAAGCGGAGUGCCAGUAAUGGAAGGAGCAGUAGUUUCCGUAACGUGCCGGAUCCCUCCCGGAGUCCUCCUACAAGGUAUACGAACCAGAAGCCCGAUAUCGGUACAUUUUCUUCCUCAUGGAGCCGGAAGUAUGGUGAAGUGAAGGAAGAAGCCACCAAGGAAACGAAGCAAGAAGUUGCUUCGCUUAAAAGGAAUAAUACAUCAGAUGCACAAAGAGGUCCUAGUCUUCCAAGCCCACCCAGGCCACCACAGGAGCUGCCGCAGCCAGUGGCAACCUCCUCGGCAAUUCAAAGUCGAACUGCUCAAGUCGGUCUUUGGCCACUUCCUCUCCCGCCUGCGCUGCAAGGAAAGACUCGGAAGGAAGCGCCAGUUCCUCCACCCCCGCCACCUAAGGCUAGUGGAAUGGCCAAACCACCGCCUCCACCGCCAUAUAAGACUAGUGGUUCGACCAAACCACCACCUCCACCGCCAUUUCCACCGGGAAAAGCCGUCAAGGGUAAUGGAGAAGUGAGAGAGACUUCCACGGUUGGAGCCUCGAGAAUGAAGCCUUUGCACUGGGAGAAGGUUGAGGUCAAUGGUGAUCAUUCCAUGGUGUGGGACAAAAUCGGAGAUGGCUCUUUUCGAGUUGAUCAUGAUCUCAUGGAAGCUCUGUUCGGUUCCGUUGCUACUAACCGGAAAACACCUCUAAAUACCGGAAACCCAUCGAAAGCCUCCAACUCCAAGCCCGACACAUUGGGCAAGAUCUUCAUCCUUGAUGCCCGAAAGUCUCAAAACAUCGCAAUCGUCCUGAAGUCUAUCGGGGCUUCACAAAGAGAGAUUCUUGAGGCCCUCAGUGAAGGCCAAGGCUUAACUACCGAGACACUCGAGAAGCUCGACCGAAUCACCCUGACAAAGGAAGAGCAAUCUCAGAUCGCCCAAUUCGACGGGAACCCUUCAAAACUUGCUGAUGCAGAGUCUUUCCUCCACAACCUCCUAAGGGCAUGCCCCUCGGCCUUCACACGUUUCAGAGCGAUGCUCUUUAAACUGAACUAUGAUUCCGACAUCUCCAACUUGAGUGAAACGAUACAAACGCUUGAACUUGCUUGUGAGGAGCUCCGGGCCCGCGGGGUAUUCGUGAAGCUUCUAGAAGCCAUCCUCAAAGCCGGGAAUCGGAUGAAUGCAGGGACUACUAGAGGGAAUGCGAGCGCCUUCGACCUCAAUUCCCUUAGGAAGCUCUCCGAUGUCAAGAGCACCGAUGGGAAGACAACUCUGCUCCACUUCGUUGUUGAAGAAGUAAUCCGGUCGGAGGGGAAACGCUGUGUCCUGAACCGGAGCCGGCGGUUGAGCCGGACCUUUAGCCAAAGCAGCUCCGACACGAGCCUAAGUUCUGAUAGUUCUCCAGCAAAGACGAAAGAAGAGAGAAGGAAGGAGUAUGUAAUGCUAGGAUUACCGGUGGUAGGCUGCCUUGGUGUUGAAUUCUCUAAUGUAAAGAAAGCCGCAGGGAUAGACUACUCAACCUUCUCUACCUUGGCCUCGGGUCUAAUGAAUCGGUUGUCAGAAAUUCGGCAACUUGUGCUCGAGUGUGCUAAUGAUCAGAGCGGUUUUCAGAAAGAGAUGAAAGAAUUUCUCAAAAUGGCAGAAGAAGAAACAGAUUCAGUGCGAAAGGAGCAGGAGAAUGUGAUGGACCUAGUGAAGAAAACAACCGAGUAUUACCAAGCGGGCGGAUCGAGAGAGAACGGGGCUGGUCCACUUCAGAUAUUCGUCAUAGUGAAAGAUUUUCUGGGGAUGGUGGAUCAGGUGUGCCUUGAGAUUGCUCGGAAUCUACAAAAGAGUAAGAGAGCCAGAGCAAAACCAGACUCUUCAUCAGAAAAGUUGCCAGCAGUGCAAAUUCCAGUGAAAUUCCGGAACUUGCCACUGCAUUCCGUGUUGCAGAAGUCAUCAGCCAGUGGAAGCAGUGACUCUAGCAACUCCGAUACCGACUUCUGAAUGUAAAUUGGUACUUGUUCAUCACAGGAUUGAUUCUUGCUGUAUAUAGAAACCAUCCGGGACAUAUUUGGAAGAGCAUUUUUUAGAUGCAUAGAUUUCUUUUACUUAUUGAUCUUUCUCUAAUUUUUUAGAUGAUUAUUAACUGUGAAA